GGGCAACGGAGAGUCGUUAUGUGAUGUUUUUCAUAACUUGGUCGACCUGUUCCUCCAGUGAACUCUCGUCUUGUCUGUCAUCGGGACUUCUGGGAGUGUGUAAACCUACUGCUGUAUCUCGCUACUUUUUCAACUUUUCCCAACUACGCCCCAACUAACCGACACAGCCCGAGUCUCUGCGGCUUCUAGUGUGUUGCGGCGGGCGCUCGGAGGUUAGAAAGGGGUUUAAAGCAUUAAACACUAAGCAGGACAAGGCACCAAAGAUCGGAGGGAAGGCGAAAAUGCAGAUCUACAUUUUAACUACAUUUCAAGGAUACACGUUUUCUGUGGGACGAAGUACCGAUCGCGGUAUAUAGAGGAUUGUUCUCAAGCCGACCCAUAACAACGAUGUCGACGACUGAGAUUUACCUCCCGACCGAUGCAGGAUAUAUGGAUCUUUUUUGCAAAUGUAUCGCCCUCUUCGCCGCUCCAUAGCCAUACCUGGUUAAAUGGCCUAUAACAACAUGCUGCUGGCCCCCGCCGUGGUCGUAUGGGAAUGGCUGAACGAGCACGGCCGCUGGCGGCCCUACGGCCCAGCCGUGUCCCAUCACAUCGAAGCGGCCAUACGGAACAGCGACCCCAGAGGAGGAAGCGUGGUUCUCGGCCAGGUGGACAGCCGGCUCUCGCCAUACAUCAUCGACCUCCAGUCCAUGCACCAGUUCAGACAAGACACGGGCACCAUCCGUCCCGUGAGGCGGUGUUUCUACGAGCCGGGGACCGCCCCGGCGCAGGGCGUGCAGUGGGAGUGGGAGAGCUCCACGGGGGCCUGGACCACCUAUGACAUGGAGGCGUCCAUCGCCAUCCACAAGGCCCACAGCCGGCAGCAGGCCGGGCUGGACCUGGAGCCCCUCGGGCUGGCCCAGCUCAUCGACUUCAGCACCAUGACCCAGGUGAACAGGCAGAGCGGGCGGUGUCGGAGGCUGCGGCGGCGCGUGGACAUGGCCUACCCCCUGGUGUCGGGGCCCCUCCCCCGCGGAGCGCCCAGGUUUGGGGGCGGGGCCCUGUUGGGGGUGGGUGUGGCCGGCUCCAACGCCGGGAACGCCCCCUUCCCCAACGGCCCGGCCGCGGGCCCCGCCCCCUCCUGCGACUGCCAGCAGUGCGUGCUGGUCCGGAGCGUGAAGAGCGGGGGGGUGCAGACGCUGGGCCGACGCACCAAGAGGCUCCCCGCCCCGCCCCCUCAAGCCCCGCCCCGCUCCGCCACGCUGGGCCACGCCCCCCGGCAGAGCUGCGACUGGCAGCUGCCGCACGGCCUGGCCAUCUCCCGCAACACCGCCUCGCCGCGCAAGAACGCCCAGCUCUUCGCCCAAUCGCUCGCCGCCCUCAGCGUGAGCUCCGCCCUCACCUCGGGCUCCGCCGACAGGCCGUCCCGAUCGGCCAACCGGGACGCCCCGCACGCCGACCGACCGGUGCCCAUCGCCACGCUGGUGACCCCGGCGACGGUCGUGACCACGCCCCCCUCCCCCGUUCCGUCUCCCUCUCCCGUGGUGAUGAAGCCCAACGGCGAUGUCAGCCUUGUCCCGUUGCCGCGGCGAUCCAGUCUAGCCGGGCUGAGCCGACCGGCGCUCCAGCGAAUCGCCCGGGCCCAGAACAGAACUCUGCUGGCUGCUGGCAUUCCGAUGGUGCCGGUAAAGAACAUCAAGCCCUCCAGUCUGAUACAGCCAGCCCUAGCAGGCAUCACCGGGACCCUGAUGAGUGCAGCAGGACUUCCUGUGUGUCUGACCCGCCCUCCGGAGGACCACCCCCUCGUCCCCAAGAACCUGCUCAGACCGGUCCCGGGGUUCACAAGCUGCUGCCGCAAGACCAGCAAGAAACAAACGCGCAAGGGCCGCAGCCCCGAGGAGGUGGUGAGGAGGUACGUGCUGAAGGUCAAGACCCCCCAGGACCAGGACUGUCCCAUCUGCAUGGACCCCCUCGCGGGGCCGGCCGGGUACGUGGGCCCCCAGACGGGGUCCUCCGCCCGGGCUGACACGGUGGUCCGGCUGGCCGAGUGUGGCCACGUCCAGCACCUCGGCUGCCUGCUGGCCCACUACGACGCCAGCUGCAGGGACGGCAGCCUUCAGUGUGCGAUCUGUAAGACGGUCUACGGGGUGAGGACCGGGAACCAGCCGGCAGGGAAGAUGCAGUUCCACGUCAUCCCCCCCUCCCUCCCUGGUUACCCCGACUGCAAAACCAUCCGCAUCGUCUACAACAUCCCAGCUGGUACCCAGGGUCCAGAGGACGUGAACCCGGGCAAGCCCUUCACAGCGCGGGGGUUCCCCAGACACUGCUACCUCCCGGACACGCCGAAGGGACGACAGGUGUUGGGUCUGCUGGUGGUCGCCUGGGAGCGCAGACUCGUCUUCACUGUGGGAAGGUCCUGCACCUCGGGAGAGGAAGACACGGUGGUGUGGAACCAGGUGCACCAUAAGACAGAGUUUGGCUCCAACCUGACGGGUCACGGCUACCCCGACCCCGGACACCUGGACUCCAUGGUGGACCAGCUCAGGGCCCUCGGAGUCGGCCCCGACGACCUGCUCUGACCACGCCCCCGACGACCUGCUCUGACCACGCCCCCGACGACCUGCUCUGACCACGCCCCCGACGACCUGCUCUGACCACGUCCCCGACGACCUGCUCUGACCACGCCCCCGACGACCUGCUCUGACCACGCCCCCGACGACCUGCUCUGACCACGCCCCCGACGACAUGCUCUGACCACGCCCCCGACGACAUGCUCUAACCUCUUUCCCCGGACGACACGCCCCCUGACGACACGCCCUGACCACGCCCACCGACGACACGCCCUGACCACACCCACUGACCACACGCCCUGACCAAGCCCACUGACGACAUGCCCUGACCACGCCCCCGACGACCUGCUCUGACCACGCCCCCGACGACAUGCUCUGACCUCUUUCCCCGGACGACACGCCCCCUGACGACACACCCUGACCACGCCCACUGACGACACGCCCCCUGACGACACACCCUGACCACGCCCACUGACGACACGCCCCCUGACGACACACCCUGACCACGCCCACCAACAACACGCCCCUGACCACGCCCACCGACGACACGCCCCUGACGACUCGCCCUGACGAUACGCCAUCGACGACAUGCCAUGACCACGCCAAGGACAGACGAAGAAUGAGAGAGAGAGAGAGAGAGAAAGGAGGAAGCUACAGGAGGGCGAGCAGAGAGACGGGUGUCUUUACUUCAACAGGACUAGGCUGCGGCCCCUUGAACAUUUUUGAUGGGUUGGUUAAAGUAACCAGGACUCUGUCGAUCACUUCCUGUUCCUGUUGGGUCAAAGUUCAGCUGACCAUUUGCAUAGAGAUAAAAAAAUAAAGAGCAGAGCUACCAGGACUAACAACCACUAGGCUAAUACUAACAGACUAAUCCUAGCAGGCCAAUGAUAAUGGACUAAUGCUAAAAGGCUAACAAUAACGGACUAAUGCUAGUAGGCUAACACUAACUUAUCUUUACUGAGAGAGUGGGAGAUUAACCGGGUGAGAGAAUAUUGAAACGGAGGGAAGAGAGUGAGGUGGAGGAGAGGGAGGGAGAGGAAGAUGGAUGUACAGCAGGAAGAAAGAAGGUUUGAGAAUUUAGAUUAUAAUAGCUUUAAAGAGAAAUAACAGUUGUUUAGCUCUAGCAGAACGUGUGGCGAGAGAUUUUCAGUGUUAAAGAACCCUCUAGAUAUAUCGAUACAAGCUAGCCACACUGCAGUCGCCUGGCCACCGUCGCCUGGCCACCGUCGCCUGGCCACCGUCGCCUGGCCACCGUCGCCUGGCCACCGUCGCCUGGCCACCGUCGCCUGGCCACCGUUGCCUGGCUACCGUCUUAAGACUAGUCGCUUGGUUACCGUCGCCUGGCAACCGUCGCCUGGCUACCUUUGCCAGGCUGCGUCGCCUGGCUAUUUUCGCCUCGCUAUUGUCGCCUAGCUACGGUCGCCUGCCUACCGUCGCCUGGCCACCGUCGCCUGGCCACCGUCGCCUGGCCACCGUCGCUUGGCUACCGUCGCUUGGCUACCGUCGCCUGGCUACCGUCGCCUGGCUACCGUCGCCUGGCUACCGUCGUAAGACUGGUCUCCUGGCUACCGUCGCCUGGCAACCGUCGCCUGGCCACCGUCGCCUGGCCACCGUCGCCUGGCCACUGUCAACAGGCUACAGUCGCCUGGCUACCGUCGUAAGAAUGGUCGCCUGAUAACCGUCGCCUGGUUACCAUCGCCUGGCUGCCGUCGCCUGGCCACUGUUGACAGGCUACAGUCGCCUGGCUACCGUCGUAAGACUGGUCGCCUGGCCACCGUCGCCUGGCUACUGUCAACAGGCUACAGCCGCUUGGCCACUGUUGAGAGGCCACCGUCGCCUGGCUACCGUCGCCUGGCCACUGUUGACAGGCCACCGUCGCCUGGCCACUGUUGACAGGCCACCGUCGCCUGGCCACUGUUGACAGGCCACCGUCGCCUAGCCACCGUCUCCUGGCCACCGUCGCCUGGCUACUGUCAACAGGCUACAGUCGCCUGGCUACCGUCGUAAGACUGGUCGCCUGGUUACCGUCGCCUGGUUACCGUCGCCUGGCUACCGUCGCCUGGCUGCCGUCGCCUGGCUACCGUCGCCUGGCUGACGUCGCCUGGCCACUGUCGACAGGCUACCGUCGCCUGGCUACCGUCGCCUGGCUACCGUCGCCUGGUUACCGUCGACAUGCUACCGUCGCCUGGCAAUCGUCGCCAGGCUGCUUCAAAGGUGCUAAAACAUAUAGGGGGACCUGUACUUCCCUUUAGAGAGGUACUGAGGUCUGUAUUUCCUGUUUGAAUAAUAAUACGAUGUGCAUGUAGUUCCUGUUAGAAUAAUGAGCUGCAUGCAUCUCCUGUUUGAGAGGUAUUGGUAGAGGUACAUUUACUUCCUGUAAAAGAGGUACUGGGGUACAUGCACUUCCUGUUAGAAUAAUACUUUGCUGCAAGUUCUUGUUAAGAGUCAGUCAUUUCUACUUCUGGGAGAGAUAUUUAGGUACUUCCUGUCACAUAAUGUGAAAAUACGAUUUCUGCUUACUUUUAUAAGUGUGUGUGUGAGUGUGUGUGUCUGUGUAAGCAGGUAUAUGUACCUGUUUAUGUGUGUGGUUGUUUAUUUACUAGUAAACAUGUUUGAGGGUAACUGCAUUCUUGAGCUUCUGUAAAGCUUUCAAAAACAACUAGACGAUGACUGUGGUUUAAUCUUCAACUCUCGACUGAUGCCAUAGUGGGACAUCAUUCGUAUCAUUUAUUAUAGUUUUGUAGAAAUGUAUUGUUUUUCUCACUUGGUACCUGUAUUCUUGAUUUUGUUUUGAAGAUAUUUUUUGGUCUGUUUUUAUAAGCUGUAUCUGGUCCUCUUUUCAAGACGAAAAAUGCUA